AUGGACUCUUCGACUGAUAACCCCGCCCCCUCGCGACUUGUCGAGAAGGGAGAUCCCCGUACGACCUUGUCCUGUUCCGAAAUACUCGACAGGCACGCCUGGUAUAAACCGCUCAACGCCCUACACCUACGGAAGGAUGAGAGGUAUUGCACCAUGGACUACGCACUGUUCGACGCGCUGAGCUCAAGGGUCGUGGAGAAUGACAGUGGGGAAUUGGGACGAUGGUCCGCCGAGGCGCAGGAAUGGGAAGAGCGGGAGGGCGCUACGGCGAGCAGCGGGAAAGGAGAGCGCGAUGCGGACGAACAAUUCGGCACACACCAGGCUUCGCGCAAGGACUUCCUCGCAAUGGAUGCCAAAUUCCGCUUGAGCUUGAAGGACAAGAGACGCAAGCUCAAGGCGUCGGAUAUUCAACUUAGUUACGAUGUUCUGCCGGGUGUCGUAAUGGCCGGCCCACCUGGGAGCGCAGCGGGAGGAGAGGACGAAGGGGCGAAGGGUUUGGAAGCAGGUGAUGAGCAGUCGUCCGAGGACGACGACGACGUCCCAGGCUUAAUGUCGGAGGAGGAGUGGGAGGGCGUCGGGGCGUAG